AUGAGAGCUGUCGGAAUCGAUGUUACACUCAAGAAUCUUGGCGAGCAAAAGGGUACUAAUCUCCAGCUUCCGCCCUUAGUACUCGGACGAUAUGGAAAAGACCCAGAAAAACCAACAGUUCUCGUAUACUGUCAUUAUGAUGUUCAACCUGCCUCGAUUGAAGACGGUUGGAAAUAUGAUCCAUUCGUAAUGACAGUCGAGGAAAGUGACAGGCUCUGCGGUCGCGGCACUUCAGAUGACAAGGGUCCUCUGGUUGGAUGGAUCAACAUGAUAGAGGCUUUCCAAAAAGUUGACAUGGAAGUGCCAGCGAAUUUGGUUUUUUGUUUCGAGGGAAUGGAAGAACACGGGUCAUUCGGCCUCCGAGAGGCUUUGGAGGACGAGGCAGACAAGUAUUUCUCUGACAUCGAUGUUGUCUGCAUCGCCGACGUCGUUUGGGUCAGCGACGAGCAAAUCAGCAUCCCGCAAGGGUUGAGAGGAAUCAUCUUCUAUUUGGUCACCAUCACGGGCGCGAAGCAGGAUGCUCACAGCGGCGGCUUUGGUGGCCAGAUCUCCGAGCCAAUGGUCGAUAUGGUGAACAUUAUGUCUUCGUUGGUGGACCCGAAUGGGAAGAUUUUGAUACCUGGAAUCUACGACAACGUCCAACCAGUCACAGAGAAGGAGCACGAGAGCUAUAAGAAACUGAAUAUCUCUGAAGACUCCCUUUACGGUGGCACUGGAGGAAGGAGCCUUCACGAUAAUCAGGCUGAUGCCUUGAUCGCUCGAUGGAAGAAGCCUUCUCUUAGUCUACACCGGAUUGAGAACGCCUUACCAGGUGCUGGAGCUGUCACCUCGAUUCCUGCCAAGCUAGUAGGCAAGUUCAGCAUUCGAACUGUGCCCUUCAUGAAGGCGGAAGAAAUCGAUCAUAUUGUACGGAAGUACAUUCAUGACCGUUUUAAUAGCCUCGGAAGCAAGAAUGAUAUUGAGAUUGAAGCGCACCCGAAUGACUGGUUCUACGAGGAUGCCAGUCAUUGGAAUUAUCAAGCUGCAAUUCAGGCAACCCGGAACGUCUGGGGUGUUGAGCCAGCAAUGACGUGUGAGGGCGGAAGUAUACCUAUCGCCCUAGACUUCAAGAAGAUCCUAAAGAAGAACGUUUUGUUGCUUCCUGUCGGUCGUCCUACGGAUGGACACCACAGUACUAAUGAAAAGCUGGACAAGAGCAACUAG